GUUCACACUUCAUUUCAAAGAACUCUAAGGUGACCGAAGUAUGGAAGACAUGGAGAAAUUCUUAUUCAGAUUUAAAGGAUAUUAUUUUAAUCAUUCAUCACUUGAUAUUAGCUUUAUAGAAAAUUUAGAUAAUUUUGAAAUCAGAGAAAAUGAUGUCUUCAUAAUCACAUACCCCAAAUCUGGAACCAUCUGGUUUCAGCAAUUAUUAAGUCUGAUUUAUUCUGAGGAACAUCGCAAAGGUACUGGAAAACUGGAAACCAAGGAUCGAGUCCCCUUCUUUGAGUAUAAAACUCCAGAAAUGGAUUUUGAGGAAAGACCAUCCCCUCGUCUCUUCUCUACCCACCUCCCAUACUACUUGGUUCCCAGUGGGCUGAAGAACAAAAAAGCCAAAAUCAUUUAUGUAUACAGAAACCCUAAGGAUGUUAUGUGCUCAUAUUUUCACUUUGCAAAGAAUGUAAUGUUACAGUUUACAGGUACCUUUGAGGAAUUCAUGAAACAAUUUCUCGAAGGAAGAGUGGUGGGAAGCCUUUGGUUUGACCACAUCAAAGGUUGGUAUGAGCACAGAAGCCUCUUCAACAUUCAGUUCAUGACCUAUGAGGAGAUGAAGAAGGAUCCCAGAUGUUCUGUGUUAAAAAUCUGCAAGAUUCUGGGGAAAGUAUUGAGUGCUGAGGAUAUCGAUGCAGUUGUGAGACAGGCCACAUUUGAGAACAUGAAGGAUGACCCACUAGCAAAUUAUGACAAUAUAAAAGCCAUUGCAUUUGGGCCAAAUGCAAAAGGUCAUUUUCUUCGCAAAGGUACCAUCGGAGACUGGAAAAAUCACCUGACUGUUGAGCAGAAUGAAAGGUUUGACCAGAUUUUCCAAAGGGAGAUGAAGGAUUUUUCCCUGGAGUUCAUCUGGGACAUGAAUGAAGACUAGAAUGUGAAGCAAAGCACAGAUCCCCUAAAAAAGCACUGUCGAAGGAAACAUAUUGAAUUGUCCACGUUCAUCGUUGACUGUCACUGAAUCAUUACUGUAAAACCUGAGUGAUGAAUAACUAUGAAUAUCCAACUCUCCAUCAUUUGCCAUCUGUGGCCUGUUGUCCAUUGGCGGGGAUCCCCCAGUGCCUGUUCAGGAGAGGGUUUCCUCUUGGUUUUGGUGUAUAAUUAGGGAAGAGUUUUUAUUUUAUAUCCAGAAAUUCCAAAGGUCUUCGGCCAAAUAGGAGGUCAUAACAUGUGAUCAAUUUACAUCUUGUAAUAGAAGACUUGUCAUUUAUAAAAAGGGUACUUAUGGCCUUUCUUCAUAUAUCAGGUUUUAAUUUUUACAUAGUGAGUCAACCUUUCAUUUUAUGGCUUCUAGGUUUUGUGUUUGACUUUGAGGGUUGCCAACACGAGUAUCUUCAUGCAUUCAUAAAUCUUAUUUUUCUUUCUCUUA